GUCACACCUCUUUCUAAUGGUUUUACAUUUUGUCAAGUAGAUUGACCACCUUGCUUCCAUGGACACUCUAAGAUGUCGGUGAUAGCUCGUAAAACUUAGAGGUCCCAUUAGACAAAGUUACAGUGUUACGGGUGUUAUUGCAACUUUAUGUGCAAUACCUCGAUCUUUCUUCAAACUCUGUCCCUGUGCCUUUUAUACCAUUAUGUUUUUUCAAUUUUCACUCAGUGUGUUGUGUGUAUGCUUUUUAGAUCUCUCUCUAUGCCCCCAACCAAUGUUAUGAAACAAUAAUAUGACAUGACAGAAAGGCAAAACCCUUUUUUUGUUACCCUCAUUGGCUAAAUAUGAAAUAAUAAGUAUUCAUGCUCUCAUCUUCACUCUUUGGUUACAUAUUAAAUAGCUCAACUUCUCCUAUCUUUCUAGUUAACAUGAUAUCUUUAAAUGAAUCCCAAUUCGACAUAGAAGCCGGCCAUGGUUGUGGCGUUGGCGGAAAUGAUACACCGCGGCAGUCAGGAUCAUCGGAUGACAGUAAAGAGGGCAGCAUUACUACCACAGAGAAUGUAGGGUUGGAAUCUUCGGUUUCAGAGUUCUCGGUGGUGGAUCUGGAAAGCAACCAUGGUGGCGGUAGGGAGGUGCAUUUGUUAAAAGUUGAAAAGGAUUGUAGGAUUUGUCAUUUGAGUUUGGAUGUAAACAGUGAAGAAUCUGGAAAUUAUGGGAUUCCAAUUGAGCUGGGUUGUUCUUGUAAAGAUGAUCUGGCUGCUGCUCAUAAACAUUGUGCUGAAGCUUGGUUCAAGAUCAAGGGCAACAGAACAUGUGAGAUAUGUGGAUCUAUUGCACGAAACAUUGCUGGUGCGGAUGAGGUUGAGCUGAUAGACCAAUGGAAUGGACCAACUGGUUCCACGGGAACACAAGCCACAGUACCUAGUGAGACAAUGGCCACAUCGGAGGCUCACAACUUGUGGCAAGGCCAUCGGUUUCUCAACAUCUUGUUGGCUUCUAUGGUUUUCGCUUUUGUCAUCUCGUGGCUUUUUCACUUUAAUGUACCAUCUUGAUAAUCACCCAAAAUUGCUAGAGGUUAAUGAGAUACUUGUUUGGAGUAGGAAGGAAAACUUUUCUUGUUUAUAGUCUCGCUAGUAGGGUUCACUAGAUCUUGUAUUAUUGUAGUGUUUUCUUUCACGUCUUAUUGGUUAAAAAAACAAAAAAAAAGUUUAAAAAUGAACUCAAUAUUUUACUUUUGAA